AUGCGAAAAAUCCGCACCAAAACGUUGGUGCUGGGGGUUUCUCUUGGUCUGUUCGUCGUCUAUCUCAUUAAAGAUUUUCCUGCCAAAAGAGACAUUGGCAACCCCAAAACUGUGAGAGAGGGGAGAAGUGAGAUAAGAAGAUCCACCACGAACAUCUCCUACGUAUACUCCUUCCCGAAAUGCCAACUAAACGCAUCUGCUGGAAAUGUCGAAGGCUUUAGCUCUCUUACUGGUGAUAUACAAGACUUUCUCUACCAUAAACACUGUCGACAUUUCCCCAUGUUGCUGGACGUUCCUGACAAAUGUGGAGGAGCUAAGGAAUCUGCAGAGGUAUUUCUUCUCUUGGUCAUUAAAAGCAGCCCUGAUAACUUUGAACGCAGAGAGGUACUGCGCAAAACCUGGGCUACAGAGAGGCUGCAGAACGGUGUACAGAUCAGGAGGCUCUUCAUCUCAGGAGCGACGGGUUCCGGUUUUGAAAGAGAGAGAAAGAACAGACUUCUUGAACUGGAACAAAAUGAGUACAAUGACAUCCUUCAAUGGGACUUUAAAGACACGUUCUACAACCUCACCUUAAAGCAGGUGCUCUUCCUAGAAUGGAUGGAAAGAAACUGUCCGAAAGCUUGCUUCUUGCUAAAUGGUGAUGAUGACGUUUUUGCCAACACAGACAACAUGGUUGAGUAUCUCCAAGGCCUCAGAGACAAUGAUGGACACAAGCACCUCUUUAGCGGAUCUUUGAUGGAGUACACAGGGCCCAUUAGAACACCUGGGGGCAAGUACUAUGUCCCAGUACAAGUGCAUGAGUCAGAGACCUAUCCCCCUUAUUGUAGUGGUGGAGGCUUCCUAAUGUCGAGCCAUACAGCUAUGGUCAUAUACAACAUGUCCAAGUCCAUCCCUUUAAUUCCUAUUGAUGAUGCUUACAUGGGGAUGUGUCUGGCCAAAGCAGGAUUAGGUCCAGCUCACCAUAUGGGUAUAAGGGUAGCAGGAAUGUAUAUUCCCUCGCCUAAACUAGAUAAAUUUGAUCCCUGCUUUUAUAAAGAGAUUUUACUGGUGCACAGAUUCCUUCCAGCAGGCAUCUAUCUUAUGUGGCAAAGAAUACAUGACCCCAAUCUAAAAUGUGAAUUGGCAAGGAAAUCCUUUAAGUAG